AUGGGUUCAGAGCUUGGUGUCACUAAAGACACCCAGCCGGUCGCUCGGCUUGAUGGAUUGGGCAUAUUUUAUAUUGUAUUUGCCAUAUCCUGGACGGCCAUUUUGUUCAGCGGAAUGGCCUUUCUGUGGUUGAAGCGUGAAAUGCCCAUCCUGAGGAUCAGAUGCCUGGGCCUGUCCUUCACAGCAAUCUCUUUUCUCCACUGCUACUUCUUUUGUGUAACAACGGGUUACGUUUACGGGCCCCUGAUGGCUGAAGUCGUCGAGUUCUGGAUCAUGGCCAUCUGGGUUCCGUUCGGUAUCGCCCUCUUCCACGCUGCCAACAGUCGAUUUCUAUACGUUGCCAACGCGCAGAAAAAGUACGUCGACAAGACGGUUGAUUUUGGCUGGGAUGGAAAGCGUCCUCGCAUCCGCAAGACUCUUGUUGCCAGGUGGAAGAUGCUUCCCUACACCAGGAGGGUCCUGAUCCUUGUCGGCUUGGGCAUGGUUCUACACGUUGUGCUUACAGUUUUCACCUUUCUCAUUUCUCGCAAGUUUCAUUCCUCUUGGGGAAUCGCCGGCACUGAAGUCACUGGCACAGCGAUGGAGAAGAAGUAUGAACAGGGCCGCGGAUGGGAAUGGUGGCCCUCCGUCUUUUGGCAGAUAUUUUGGUCUUGGGUCGUGGCUCCCGUCAUCCUUUGGCGUUCCCGCAACCUCAAGGACUCACAAGGCUGGCGAACCCAGACCAUUGCCUGCUGUCUCUCUGGACUUUUCGCGGCCCCCAUGUGGCUCAUUGCCCUCUACGUGCCCGGCAUGGCUGUGGUCAACAACUACUGGAUUCCCCCCAUGUGGAUCGCCCUGUCCAUCAUGAUGCUCGAAAUCUUCACCGUCUUUAUCCCCGUCUGGCAAGUCUACAAGCAGCAGUCCCUUUGCCAAGAGACGCUCGACUCCAUCGCCCGCUGGGAGUCACGGCAGAAGUCCGUCGUGCACAGCGGCAAGUCCCUGGCCUCGGCCUCGUCAUCCGCCCUGUCAUGGAUGGGCCGCACCAAGGCCGGCUCCAUCUCCUCCACCGGCGGCAGCAUCCUCACCAUGGACGCCCUGGAGCACACGCUGGCCAAGAACCCCGAGCCUCUGCAAGAAUUUUCCGCCCUGCGCGACUUUUCCGGCGAAAACAUUGCCUUCCUGACCCGAGUCCGCGAGUGGCGCGCGCGCUACGUUGUGCACGCCGCAGGAGGCGGCGUGCUGGGCGAGAAGGACCCGGCGACGACCACCCUGGCCCUGACGCGCGAGUCCUACGAGAGCGCUCUCCGCAUCUACGUCGACUUUAUCAGCAGCCACAGCGCCGAGUUCCAGGUCAACCUGUCGUCGCAAGACUUCAAGAACCUCCAAGCCAUAUUCGAGGGCGCCGCCCAGGUCGUCACGGGCGAAUGCGGCAGCCCUGAUCCCGCGACGCCCUUUGCCAGCGCGCCCAAGCGGCACGACGACCACCACGCCGAGCCGAUCCGAUACACGGGAGAGAUACCCGAGGCCUUUAGCGAGGGCGUGUUUGACGACGCCGAGAUGAGCAUCAAGUAUCUCGUCCUCACCAAUACCUGGCCGAAGUUUAUCAGGGAGAGGCGCUCGCUGGACGUGGUUAGUGGUAUUGAGUCGGUGAUGUGA